CUCUAGAACGCCGCCGACGCAUGGAAUUCUCCAUACGCCGCGGCAGUCAAAAGAAAGAAAAAAAAGUCUACAGGCCUGUCAAGACAGCUUCUGGAACCACUCUUCAGCUGGGCUGUAUCACAUCAAGCCCCAUAUCAGACAUGGGGAUAGCCGCGAAUAUUGUUUCCAUCUGAAGUUGUAUUAUUAUUAUUAUUAUUCAUAUCGCGCUCUCUCGCGAGAGAACAUUGACUGAUCCGCACCACCCAAACACCCAGACACUCAGCCAACACUCCCCUCUCCACCAUGUCCCAGACACCCCCUACUGUCCGUGGGCCUUUCUCGGACAGCGCCGCAGUCUCUUCAGCUUCAUCCAUAAGACCGUCUCUGCUUUCAGAGACACACUCAUUCUCCGAUGGAGGUGCCUAUACGGGCAAGCACAGAUUCACUAGCUACAAGCUAAAGGGAGAAUAUGAGAGACCAUGGGUAAGCGACAAGAGGAUGAAGAAGUGGAAAUAUAGCAACUAUAUCAUCUGGGUGUUCAUUGGGAUUGGAUUCGUGCUCGCGGCGUAUAUCAAUUACACUGCUGCAAUGAAAGUCGAGAACAAGCCCAUGUGUCUGAUCAUGGAGGACAAUUUUGAGCGAUUUAAUGAAGACAAUUGGUUCCACGAGGUCCAAGUCAAUGGGUUCGGGUCGGGAACUUUCGACUGGACGACGACGGACGAGAAGAAUACGUUUGUUGACAGUGAGGGUCUUCACAUUGUUCCGACCCUCACGACCGACACAGCUGGAAUUACGAGAGACCAGAUCUUUGACGGAUACACGCUCAACCUGACGCAAGCAGGAGGCGACGGCAGCUGCACUGGAAGUAGCAAUAGUGAAUGCUCGAUCCACUCUAACGGUACGCUUGGACAGAUCAUUCCUCCUGUGCGGUCUGCAAGGCUUUCGACGCGGGGCAAGAAGAGCAUCAGAUAUGGACGCAUUGAGGUAACAGCCAAGUUUCCUCAGGGAGACUGGCUGUGGCCAGCAAUUUGGAUGAUGCCAGAGGAUAGUGUGUACGGAGUUUGGCCCAGAAGUGGAGAACUAGACAUUGCCGAAGGACGAGGCAACGGAGUUGACUAUGCUCUCGGGGGCCGCGACAUCUACACGAGUUCAAUGCACUGGGGACCGACGACAAGCACAGACGCAUUCUGGCGAGCAACCCGAGGACGUCAGCUUCGACGGACAGACUUCAGCAAAGGGUUCCACACAUUCGGCAUAGAGUGGUCAUCGGACUACCUCUUCACGUAUGUGGACAGCAGACUGCAGCAGGUCAUGUAUUGGCGAUUCAAGAACGAGCAGACGAUGUGGGAGCGCGGUGACUUUGGGCCGGCGACGGAGAAUUCGAGCAUUGUAUCGAACCCAUGGGCUGGUGCAGCGGGCAACGCGGCACCGUUCGACCAGAACUUCUACCUUAUCUUGAACGUGGCAGUGGGUGGACGCAACGGCUGGUUCCGGGACGGUGAAGGUGGUAAGCCGUGGACGGAUGCUGGAAACAGUGCAUACGACUUUUACAAGAACAUUGACCAAUGGCUGCCGACUUGGGGCGAGGGCAACGCUCGCGGCAUGACGGUCAAGUCAGUGAAGAUGUGGCAAGAGGGAGCAUGCUAAAAAAGGCUGAUGAUCGAGUUCUGCAUUUUUUUUCAGCUCGUGUUGUACAGUGCUCGCUGUACAUUGUUGCAGCAGGUUGCAUGGGUUUGCUACAUCAGGGUCUGUCUGAUGAUAGCUAGAUGGACAAACGCGGCGUACAUUCAGGGCGUACAUGGGACGAGAUUAUUGCUGGGG